AAGGGUAUCUUUGUCCAUUCGGACAAGGGCGGCGAAGACCCAACACAUUAUAUAUUGACCCUUCGACCUCUACAAAAAUCAAAAUUUUAGGUUUUGCAUUCUUCAUAUUCAAAGCAACAAAAAGAGAGAAGAUGAUAGAGGUGGUUUUGAACGAUCGAUUGGGGAAGAAGGUGAAGGUGAAGUGCAACGAAGAUGACACCAUCGGUGACUUGAAGAAGCUGGUUGCUGCUCAGACCGGUACACGCGCCGACAAGAUUCGUAUCCAGAAGUGGUACAAUGUCUACAAGGACCAUAUUACCCUCAGGGACUACGAAAUUCACGAUGGCAUGGGCCUUGAGCUCUACUACAACUAAUUCAAUAGGUUUAUCUUGGAUGGAAAUGUACUGGGGACGUAUCUGAGCUACCAUGUUUUGAAUAAAAGCUUGAUUAUUGGCUUGUAAUGAAAAGUUUGACAUGUUUAAUCGACUCGAAGGAAAAUGCUCCAACUUUGUGAUUGUGAAUGCCAUGUAACUGGUCGGUAUUUUGCCUUGUGUACAAGGAAUUAUAUUUGUAAGAGAUUUUCUUAUUAGAAAAACUGUGGUUGAACAAACUUUGGCUACGUAAAAUAAUAGAAUUUGUGACUGAGCUUCCUUGUUC